AUAGAAUACUCCGUACAACCUAAUUUUUCUCACUUAAUUUACUGCUCGUAACCAAUUUUUGCCAAUAUUGAUGAAUGUCACGUCGUUGCAAAUAAAUUGAAACGGGGUAGUAUAAAAGUACACUACCCUAGUAUCAUUCGUUGUGGCGGAGAAGCUGUUGCUUUCUUUCUUAUCUUACUCCACUACUUCUCACUCUACACUCUUCUUCUCUAUUAUUAAUUGCAUGUGAGGCUUUACCUUCUCAACAAUGGCGUCUAAGCUUUCGACGUGUUUUCUCAGCCAUGGAUUGAACGGGGUGAAUUCUAAACAAUUCAAUGUUCGUUUGCUCGAUUUAACUCGUCGACAUCAAUGCUUCAAUCCCGCUUCUUCUAAGCCUAAUUUCAGACUACAGGUAAAUAAAAUCUCUCCACUAGUGCCCCGAAUAUUUGCAAACCAGCAAACAAGUGGUGAAGCAGAUCUGGAAUUUGAGAAUCCUUCUAAUGAUGGUGUUUCAAGCUUGAUUAUACCCCAGAAUGAUGUUUACGUCAGCAACAACAAACCAGGAAUAGUGCCUCGGUCUGAAGAUACCACCAGCUCAUCAAGUUCAUCACAACAGCCAGGGUUAAAGUGGUGGAUUGUUAUUGUGUUCUAUAUAGUUUGCGUCCUUCUUGGGCAGUCAGCAGGUAUGAUACUUGGAAGAUUUUAUUAUAAUGAAGGUGGGAAAAGCCAAUGGAUGGCAACACUGGUGCAGUAUGCUGGCUUUCCAUUGCUAUUACCCUUGUACCGCAUCUUUCCCAAGAAAUCAAUCCAGAGUCACAAACCAAUUAAUGAGCUUUCUCCUCUCAAGACUGCAUCAAUAUACCUAUUCUUUGGGCUAUUUGUAGCAGCAGUUGGUAUGAUGUACGCAAUAGGACUGCAAUAUGUACCUGUCUCUACUUUCUCGCUCUUAUGUGCAUCCCAGUUGGCCUUCAAUGCAUUAUUUUCUUUCUUCAUAAAUUCUCAGAAGUUCACACCUUACAUAAUUAACUCUCUUGUCCUGCUUACCAUCUCAUCUGUCUUACUGGUAAUUCAGUCUGGUUCUUCGGUUCCUGAAGGAGUUUCCAAGGCUAAUUAUGUCUUUGGCUUCAUUUGUGCUAUUGCUUAUCCAAUGGCGUAUGGAUUGUUACUUUCUUUAACAGAGUUUACCUUCCAAAAAGUAUUCAAGAAUGAUAGUUUUGAAGCGACUUUGGAUUUGCUUCUUCGUCAGUCAUUCAUUGCAAGUUGUAUUGCAGUGGUCGGAAUUUUAGCUACUGGGGACCUGAAAUCUGUGAAAUUAGAGAUGGAUCAAUUUAGGUUUGGAAAAUUGUCAUACGUGAUGACCUUAAUUUGCACAGCAUUGAGUUGGCAAGUUUACAAUAUUGGCUUAUUUGGAUUGAUCGUGAGGGUGUCAUCGCUGUUCUCCAAUGUCGUCUCUACUUUAGGAUUGCCGAUUGUUCCAGUGCUAGCAGUGAUCUUUUUUAGCGACAUAAUGGAUGGAAUAAAGGUGGUGGCCAUGUUAUUGGCCAUUUGGGGGUUUAUUUCAUACGCCUAUGAUCAAUACCUUGAUGAGUGUAGUAAAACUAGAAAGGUAGACCCAACUCCGUCAUACGCAACUGGAGCUUUGGAGUACAAAAACUAGUUUGAACAACAGGAAGAUAGAAGAUGAUACUCUUUGAGUUUUCAGGUCUUUAGUCGAUCUCAUUUGCUUGAUCUUGAUCCUCUAAUUGGCUGAUCUUUACCUCUUUUACUUGAUAGCUCAAUCAAUGACGUGCUGGUAAAGGUGGAUUUCGAGGGUGCAGCUUCUUGUUUAAGAUUUAAGUUUAUUUGUUGGAGGGCUUAAGGCCUUUGUAUUUUUGUAGACAAGUGAUCCUAUAGAAAAACAGUCUUUUCUUGGCUUUGUGUUAAAUUACAUGAUGGUCAUAGUUUCUUUUUCGUCGA